UUACUAAAAAUCACUCUCAUUGUAAAUUACUGUGCAAAGCAACAAAGCAGAAAGAAACAGAAAUGCAAGAAAUUCCCAGCAAGAUCCUCCUUCUUCUUCUCCUCUUCUUUCUAAUUUUCUCACCUUCCACACAAAACCCACAAGAAGAAAUCUACUACUGUGGUAAAACUCCAAUCUCAAACCCAUCUAAUUUCAUAACCUGCAGAUCUGGAAAACUCUACUUCAAAACCUCAACUGGUCUCUUCCAUGUCUCUAGAACAGAGGAAGUGAAAUUAAGAGCUAGGGUUUCUAUGGAAGUCGAAGGUCACAUACCAGAUUUAUGCAUCGCUUGUGAGAGACCAGAUGGUAACUGUGGUGUUGCUCUAAGAUGUCUUUGUCAUCCUAAAGAAUGCAAGAAUAAAGUUAUCAACUUUGGAACCAAGUCUCGAGCUUUAUCUGGUAACAACAUACAGAAGCUUCUUCCACUUUUGUUGUUGGCUUUGUUUCUUAUCUGUUUUUGAUUUGUAAAAUUGUUUGAUCCUUAUGGCUAGUCUUUAAAACAAACAUAUGUAAUUUAAUUUUGGGAUUUGUGUUUAUGUUUACUUCUUGAAUACAGAUUUUAAAUGAUUUGUGUUUAUGUU